AGAUAACGAAGCUUGUGACAGUUCACGUCUGUUAUUCACAGUCUGUAGACGUUUUCAGUUUAAAAUUCAAUAUUGUGUCAAUUUUCAGAAUUAAAAUUCAAAAGGGUUUGAAUAUUUGAGAGAAUUGUGCACAAAAAUAUCGUAGAAAAAAUGAACCAUUUGUAUCCGAGUUUAGAGGAUAAGUUUCGAAAUGAAGGCGUCUGUCCAAUUUGCAUGCAGGAAAUGGAUCUCACACCAAAAUUUUCAUGCGUGAAUAAUCAUGUAUUGUGCUAUCGUUGUAAACCAUAUUAUUUCUCUUGUCCAAAAUGUCGUGCACCAAUUAAUGUUCAAAUUGCACCACGAGAGGUGAAUUCCUUCAAUCCACCAGCACCUCCGGUUCAUCUAAUGCCACACCCAAUGCCACGAACUCCAUAUCCAACAACUCAAAUGCCAAUAACAAUGCCAAUGCCCAGUGCACCAUCGGAGGUUGAUUUUCAUUUUCACGAAAGACAAAAUUGGCAACCCGAACCGCCAACGGAGCAUCAGGAAUUGUUACCAUGUUCCUAUUCCCAUAUGGGAUGUUGGGUCAAAUUCCCAGAACACUUGAGAGAAAUUCACGAGUCCAGAUGUCAGUACCAUAAUGCAUCAGGAGAAAAUAUUGGCGACUGUAGAUACAAAGAAGCAGGCUGCAAUAUUCAACUCCCAGUUUCUAAGCUAGUAUCCCACGAAAGUGAUUGUUCAUACAAAGGAAGAUUUGAAGAAAUGGAGAACUUACGUUCCUCAAUGGGAGACAUGUCCCUAAAUCGUGAUCCAAACGAAAUUGUUGAUUGUAAAUACAGAAAUGUUGGUUGUAUGGUUAGAAUGCCAUUUCAUAGGAAGAGGCAACAUGAGGAGAAAUGCAAUCACCGAGCCGACGACGAUGAUGAUGAUUCCGAUGAAGUGUACCACGAUCCAGAUGAAUUAGUUAAUUGUAGAUUUAGGGAUCGCGGCUGUAUGGUGAGAAUGCCCUUUAAAAGGAAAGGAAUACAUGAGGAGAAGUGUAAUCAUCGUGAUGGGGAUAAUUACAGCGAUGAUAAUGAUGAUUCCUGCGUUUACUAUGAAGAUCCAAAUGAACUGGUCGAUUGCAAAUGGAAAAUGUACGGAUGUAGAGUUAGACCAAAAUCAUCGUACAGAGAAAUCCAUGAAGGGAAAUGCAAUUACAAGCAAGAUGAAUGCUCCUACAGGGAUUAUGGAUGUCCAGCGAAUUUUCAUUCUUCGCAGAGAUUCGCUCACGAAAGAUCAUGUCGUUAUGCUCCCUAAAACUAUAAUUCAGUUUUUUUCUUAUGUUUUAAUAAUUUAAGGGUCUAGAAAUAUAUUUUUUUGGAGAAUUUUGCUAAAGAGGAGAAAAGUAGUUUAGACCUCUGCAGUCUUUGGAAUAUUUUUGUAUUUAUUUAAAGUGUUUGCAAUAAAUUUUUGGACAAAACAUUAA